AAAGGAAAGUGUUCAGUGGUCGUCAGUGGUGCUAGCGCUAAUCGGAUCAGGCACUUGUACUCCGGGCUAUGUAACUCGCUAGCUAGCUGGCUAACGUUAAUGGCAAACGGCUGUUUGUAACGGCUAACUGCUGUUUACUCGUUAUAGAGUGCGUACCCAGGCCAGGUUAACCACCACGUCCGUUACGUUUAACAGUAACAUAGGGGGAGAACACUCACAGGAAAGCAGCCUGUUUGUUGACAGUUCCAGUGGGGGGUAAACUAACAUCACACUGCUAACGUCUACGAACAGUUCAAAUGGCGAGGAAAUAAUAUCACACUCUUAAGUUACUGAAAUGUUUACUGGCUUUAGAAUCAUUUAAAAACAACUAAUGCUAGUUUACCAUUAAGUUUAGCUGCGCUGGAAAAUAUAUAAAAGUUGCCAGUACGUUAGUCUGAGCUGGUCCCUUGCUUAUAAUGAUUAACGUUACAUCUAACAGAAGCAACUCAGUAAACUAGCUAGCUCUAUUAAUUUCACUAUUGACAUUUAAUGACCAAAACUGAGAGAGUUUAGUUGGUCCACGGGUGUUCAAAUUAGGUUAAUAUAAUGUUCUUGUUCUUACCAGGGAUGAGUAACACACUGUGGGGUUGGGGUUCUUAAGGCAUUCUCGAAGGACUACAGUAUCAUACUAUUUCAUCAGUGUCCACAAUCAUCUCUUCGAGGACUGUUUUUGAGUAGACAAAAGCUUGUUGUAAUUACAGUAGUUAGUCAGUAACCUGAGGGUUAGUGUCUCUCAAAACAUCAAAAGGAACACAUUAAACUUACCUGGUAACUUUGUAUUCUAGGAAAAUGCUGUUUCUAUUGUUGGAGCAUUUGUACUUAAACUCCAAAUGUUGUGGAAUGGAGCACACAUUACAAAGAAUGUAAUUCUUUGACUUAUGUUUACAAAAGCCUAAAUUUAUAGCGUGUAUCGGAUAUGUUUCAUGGUGCUUAUCUUUUUCUCUGUUCAUAUACAUUAACUUUGUGUGUUUUAAAACCUUUACUAUAUGAUUGAGGCAGAGGGCCACAACAUCAUUUUUGCAUUCUGACUGGUAUAUUAGCAAUUAUAGCAAGUUCUUCUGCAGCAGUGCUAGUUGAAGUGUGUAAUUUAGGUAAGAAAGCCUUUUCUCCUUUUUGUUUCACCAUACAUCCUUCCAUUCGUUGACCAAACAGAAAUCAUGGGCCGAGUAGAUGAAAACAAUGAGAGAAACAUUAUGCUCAAGGGACAAGGAAAGGUGUGACAAAAGAUAUCCUGAUCCAAACCUAAAUUGCUGCAAAUAGCUGGCCAUUUGCUUCAUGCUAGUAAAAAACAUACUGCCUUAAAAUGUAUGAAAUAUGACAGACAUGAUGGGAAUUCUAUGUGUGGUUAAAUGUGGAUUGUGACAUUUUCUGAGGAAGUCAGUGUUUCAGAUAAACCAGGUUGUCUCACUUUUGACACAGCUGCUGUUACUUGCUUACAGUGACGGUACGUAGAAGAGAAUAUUUUCUGGAGUCAUAAAGCGUUGGAUUUUGUAAUGACAAAUCUUGUUCAGAGUUGAUGCCUGCAGGUUACAAACAACCCUCUUGCUGUUAUUUUACCGGUACUUGGUAAUACACAAGUUGAGGAGAUGAAGAUAUUUGAGUUGCCCUGAGCUGUGGGGUCUCUGAUGUGUCGUGUUAGCCUGCCUGCCAUCACCCAGCAUGCAUGGUAAUGUGAGGCUCAGGUCAGUUGUGAUGCAUGCUGUUAGCACCUCCUCUGUUCCUGUCAGCAGUUUCCUCUCUGUCAAGAAUUGCUCUUGAGGCUCUUGAGGCUGAAACAGAUUGCACUGAAAUCACGAUGACAUAGCCGUUACAAUGGAAGUGGCUGCCAGUUGUUUUCUCAGCUUUUGUUGCUGUCAGCUACUACCUCUUAUUGAGGUAAUCUAUUUAGGCCCAAAUGCAAUAAGAUUGUUCCUUCAAGUCAUCAUGCAGUGUAUUGUUUUCAGAACAGUAAUAACAAAAGGUGCCUAAGAAAGAGGGGUGAGUGUCACAGAAAUCAAUUCAAACGGGAUUCGUUUAACAACACUCUAAAGCAAUGAAAUAGAUUGCAACUAAACAGAUUAUAUAUAAUUUACCACAUAUAAUGUCAUCUUGUUAGAAACAUUUGCCAAAUUAAAUGCAUUUAACUGUCAAAUAAUGAAGUAUUUUUCAAAAUGUAUAUCUUUCAGUUGUGUUAGAAGAUAGAUCUGUGGAUGAAUAAUCAUUUUAUUUCCUAUGAAUCCAGUUGGUUUGUAUCUUUGUUUUUUUUUUAUUAAGCCUUUCAUUUAUUUAAACUUAUUUUUCUAUUUUUCAUUUUUUAAAUAUAUUUGACUUAUUCCUCUGUUAUUAUGCAAAACUGUGAUGAAUUAUAUGGUUUCACUGAUGAUAAAAAUAAAGUAAAUAAGUUAUUAACUAUAAGCCUGAUGAUGAUCGUAGAUACAAUGAAAUUGUCAUGACCAAAAAACUGUAAAUUUAAGGUUGUGUGUCGGCCAUGUUAAGUUUAGGGGCAGUGGAGGUAGCUUUUCAAAUUGAAUGUUGUGUUUCAGUCUGGAAUGUUGUUACACCAGUUGAACAUUAUGGUUGAGAAAGUUUAAGAAACAUCGUGGCACCAUCACCACCUUCAGUUUCCCUGAGGGUCACUUAGCACAUCUGCUUAGCUUGCAAAUAAUCCUCCUAAUAACGUGCAUUUAGUUGUUGUCCGUUGUUAGCCUCUGUAUUAAAAUACGUGCCAAUUAACUUGGAAUGUUUAAAUUCUUUUUUUGUGUUUGUUUUUGUCAUUGUAAAAAACUGUUUGGGAGCUGCCGGUCACUGGUAUCCUAGUUUUGUCAUAUUGAGGACUAGAUGUUUACAUGGAGCACAGAGUAACCCGGUCACUCAGAUACCUGAAGAGAUGAUCAUUAUCCAGCUUCCUGAUUGUCUCCCUCUGUGCAGGUGUGUCUUUGUAAUUCGGGUAUCUGAAACCAGGAUAGGAUGGUACAUGCGAAAACAAACAGGUUAUAACCUGAUUAUAACCAGGAUGCUUAUGUGCAUGUAAAAUGAUGCUGUAGUUGCUACACUCCUUUUUAUGAUAUUUUUGUUUCUUUUUUAUGUUUUGAUGAGCAGCAAUCUCCCAGAAAUGUCAGACUUACUGCUUAGUUAUUAUGCAAGCCACCGUCUGUUCAUAAAUCACCCUUGUGCUGUCACAUUAUUACAUAUUAAUGGAGUUGUCACGUCCUACUGAGAAGGCAGAUCUGGGCAAUCUGAGCUGGCGGUGUUUGUUUUUGUACAAAGUCAACAUAUUUCCUAAUUAAUUACAGCAUUGUUCGCUCACCCCACAACCCCUCUUGUUGGUUUCCAGGCUGGUUGUUGGUUCAGUCUCAUUAGCUGUCUUUAUUUUCAUUGUUGAAAAAUGGCAAAAAAUGAUGGUUGGAAUAUUUUCGUGCUGCAUUCAUGGACAAGUUGCUGCUAGCCCGUUACAGCCACUCCCUGCUUGGGGAGGUGUGACUCACACUACAUGGAAGCCCUACUGUAAUGAACAAAAUAGUGUUUAAAUACAGGCAGUGUGGCACACCAUAUCCCUUUUGGCCUGAGGGAGUCUCUUAAUAAUGUGUAUUUUUCUACCAUUUUUCUUUCACUACAAAAGCUUGAGCUCAGCUUUCAGUACCAGCAUGUUAACCUCUUCUACUCCUUGCGUACGCUGUCGUCCUCGGCCGACUAUAUUCUCUGUCAGAGGCUGUAGCAGACUUAUAGGGCGAGAAUGGUAUCAUAUGAAACAAGAAAAACCUAAGGAAUCCAUUGGUACCAACCAUGUCAUGCUAGCUUGUUGGAGGCUAAAUAAGUUAGGACCCUAAAGUUUGGCAAGGGAAUAACUGGCAUGGCCAUAUUCACAGGGGUCCCUGUCAAAUACGGCAGUAUAAAUGUGUUAUUUUUGCCUAUUCUAAAAGGGUUUUCUGCUUACUGGGGUCCCUAAACAGUCUUGGAUUUGCAUAUUGGAAAGCUGAGACUCUUGUGGAUUCAAUGAGCUCAAUUGUAUUCAUAUAUGGUGAUAUUAGUCACUUUUUGCUUCCAUCAUAAAGAUCUACGCCUAAACAAAACAAUGUUUAUUCCAGAUUGAGAAAAACUUCACACCCAGUGCUGAGUUGCAUCUCAAAUUCAUCUUUAGGCUUUAGAUGAUACGACACCACUUCUAUGAGCAUACACUGCUGAUCUGCUAUCUCCCCAUAAUGAGGCCUAGUCCCCCCCUUAAAAAAGACAAAAAUGGUAAAUGUAAAUGAAGAGGUUAAAUAGAGCCCUUGCUAAUUAAGGAGCAUUCAUGACCCAAAACAUGAGACUAAUAUUUAGUUAGUAGCCUUAGGAAUGUAGAUUAGCAUUUAAAUAGCUCGCAGCCAAUUCAGUCCCCGUUCUCGCACAAUGACAUUACAGUCGUACUGAAACAGAACCUCAGUCACCUGAUAUGCAUCAUGUGCUCCUCAUUUGCACUUUAAACUGACUCUCUUUGUCUUUGUGAAAAGAACAAAGAAAUGGUCAGUAUGAAAGCUGGCAGGAUUACCUCUCUGGGGUCACAUCAAUAAGCUGAAUAAGCCUGUUAAGCACGUCUGGUGACUGACAGCUCCAACGAUAGCCGGCCACUAUGAUACAGAUUCAUCCCUGUUUUACCAACCCCUUUUCUCAUGAAAGACAUGGUGACAAGGCACAGGUAAAUAAUACGAUUAAUGAUGGCUGAAUUACAUUUAACUGCUUCAGCUUCAGGGUCCUGAUAUUGAACAUGCUGGCUCCCUGUCAUGGUUCACAGGGAAACUCAAAUAGAACAGAUAAUCACGUGAGCCUGUGUGCUCAAAAGAGAUGUGCAAUUGUGGAUCUUUUUGCAGACGUUCCCGUGUUGUUGUGGUUGCGUAAUUCCAAUCCAAGUGCUGAUUGCGUGUCUGAUGAACAAAAUGCGUUAGCGCUGUUUUGUUAGUCCAUUAAUUAUAAACAAGAUUCACCAAAAGGAUCAAAACAGGAAGUGAUUAUUUUAAGUUUUUCUUUCAUUUGUUUUGUGAAAACAAACGCGUUCCAAGCUCCAAUAUCUGUCUACUGUGUCAGUCAAAUUCCAUGUAAGAUGGAUGAAUACUCAGACUAAUAACUGAACCAGGAAUUACAGUAAAAUAAUAAAGAAAAAAUGUUACUCUUGCAGCAAAUGUUUGUUGAUGAGCUACUGAACUCUCUUUCAGGUCAGUUUGGGAACCCCUUGGACAAAUAUAUUCGCCAUUAUGAGGGUUUAUCAUAUGACACAGAAGUUCUGCACAACAGUCACCAGAGAGCCAAGAGGGCGCUCUCUCCUCAAGACAAGACUGUGCACCUGGACUUCCAUGCACACGGAAGACAUUUUAACUUGCGGAUGAAGAGAGAUACAACUCUAUUCUCCCCAGAUCUCAUCAUUGAGGUAUCGGGGGAGGAGACACCCAUUGAUACAUCACAUAUUUACAGUGGGGAGAUCUUUGGUGAAAAGGGAACACUGACCCAUGGCUCUGUGGUCGACGGGCGCUUUGAGGGCUUCAUUAAAACUCACCAAGGAACAUACUACGUGGAACCCUCCGAGAGGUACCUAAAGAACCAGAACGUGCCAUUCCACUCCGUCAUCUAUCACGAGGACGACAUCAAUUAUCCUCAUAAGUAUGGCUCAGAGGGCGGCUGCGCUGACCACUCGGUGUUGGAGAGGAUGAGGAACUACCAGGCAACUGCAGUAGAAGACCCAGUGAAAGAUGUGAACAGUGUGUCGAGGGAGGAGGAGAGCACCCAUGGUCCUGUUAUUCUGAGGAUAAAGAGGGCAGCGGCGAAAGAGAAAAACACUUGCCAGCUCUUCAUCCAAACUGACCACCUCUUCUUCAAAUACUAUGGCACAAGAGAGGCUGUCAUUGCCCAGAUAUCCAGCCACGUAAAGGCUAUUGACUCCAUUUACCAAGCCACUGACUUCCUGGGCAUUCGAAACAUCAGCUUCAUGGUUAAAAGGAUCAGGAUAAACACCACCAGUUCUGUAACAGACACAACCAAUCCUUUUCGCUUUUCCAACAUCGGAGUGGAGAAGUUUUUGGAGCUUAACUCUGAGCAGAACCACGAUGACUACUGCCUCGCCUAUGUCUUCUCAGACAGGGACUUUGAUGAUGGGGUGCUUGGCUUGGCUUGGGUUGGGGCUCCUUCAGGAAGCUCUGGGGGCAUCUGUGAGAAGAGCAAACUGUACUCUGAUGGGAAGAGAAAGUCUCUGAACACUGGUAUCAUCACUGUGCAGAACUACGCCUCCCAUGUCCCUCCCAAGGUGUCCCACAUUACUUUUGCUCAUGAGGUUGGGCACAACUUUGGCUCUCCUCAUGACUCUGGGAUCGAAUGCACCCCCGGAGAGUCUAAGUUGCAGGACAAAAAGGAGCGGGGCAACUACAUCAUGUACGCAAGAGCCACAUCAGGGGACAAGCUCAACAAUAACAAGUUCUCCACCUGCAGCAUCCGCAAUAUUAGCGCCGUUCUGACGAAGAAGAGAAAUGACUGUUUCGUUGAGUCUGGCCAGCCUAUCUGUGGUAAUGGACUAGUGGAAGAUGGAGAAGAGUGCGACUGCGGCUACAGUGAUCAGUGUAAAGACCCUUGCUGCUAUAACGCCAAUGAAGGAGAGGGCAAAAAGUGCAAGCUCCAACCUAACAAAAUCUGCAGUCCCAGCCAAGGCCCAUGUUGCACACCGGAGUGUACUUACAAGAGCACAAAUGACGAAUGCAGACUGGAGUCGGAGUGCGCCCAAGAGGGCACGUGUAAUGGAGCUACUGCUCAAUGUCCUACCUCAGAACCAAAGGCAAACUUCACCUCUUGCCAUACCGAAACACAAGUCUGCCUCAAUGGGGUAUGCUCUGGAUCCAUUUGUGAAAAGUAUGGUCUGGAGGUAUGCACCUGUGCCAGCGAAGAGGGAAAGGAUGAGGCAGCCGAGCUGUGCCACGUGUGCUGCAUGGAGAAAAUGAAUCCCACCACCUGCAGCAGUACAGGCUCAGAGAAAUUGGCCCAAUUCUUCAACAUGAAGACCACAACGCUGCAGCCCGGCUCCCCCUGCAAUGACUUUAAGGGCUACUGUGACGUGUUCAUGAGGUGUCGUCUGGUGGACGCCGACGGGCCUCUGGCAAGGCUGAAGAAAGCCAUCUUCAAUGCAGAGCUCUAUGAAAAUAUUGCAGAGUGGAUAGUGGCUCACUGGUGGGCAGUGCUGUUGAUGGGCAUUGCUCUCAUUAUGCUAAUGGCUGGCUUCAUCAAAAUCUGCAGUGUCCACACCCCCAGCAGCAACCCCAAACUGCCCCCGCCAAAGCCACUGCCAGGUACACUGAAAAGGAAAAGGCAGCAACAGGCAAACCAAGCGGCACAGGGCCAGCGCCACCAACGUCAGCACAGAGAGAACUAUCAAAUGGGACAGAUGAGACGCUGAGGCUCCGGUCUGCUCUUUGCCUUGUUUCUUCCUUGUGCCUAUAAUAUGAGCACUUCAGUCCAAAGAGUUACCACCUAUUGCAAAAUUCAAAGAAUUUGCAACUGGAUCGAUUUCACUGGACAAAGCCCAAAAUGUUUUGUUGGGCCUAGCAAACUCACUCAGCUUUUAUAGGAAAUAAAUAAUACCUUUUUCCAAGGAAAGACAGGAGGAGAAAUUCACUGAUCUCUGUUAUGUGGUCUUAAUCUUUGAAAGCUUUUUUUUUUUUUUUUUUUUUUUUAAACCAGAAUGGAGGAAAGAGAGGCAGCUUUGUACUAGAGUCGCCCUCCACUGUCCUUCCUCUGUGUCACCUUUUCCUUUCCCUGUUCUUCCUCUCUGCCAAGUGCUGCCACCAUCAGCACGAUGGCAGGACUGCAAGUCACAUCGGUAUUUACUUCCACCGAAAAGAGCAUUGAGAUAUUAGUUGGAAGAAAACUCUUCUUUUUUUGUUUGCCAAUGUAAUUAGAUUAUUAAUCAAAGCUUUUUAUUUCUAAAGCAUAUAUAUAUAUAUUCCUUCAGUGUGCAAUUGUACAGGUGUUUCAGUAGUUUUCUUUUUCUGUGUUUCAAAUGAAAUAGAUUUUCUUAAAGUUAUUAUUUACUGUUUUAAUUCACUUUCUCAGGAUUAAUACAACAACAGCAAACAAGUGUGUUGAGUGGAAAAGAUGACUGCAUGCGUAUUUCAGGGUAGAGUCCCUCCUGGCUGAAGCCUGCACAGAAGGGGUCACGCUGUGGGAUGUAGAGGACAGCUUCUAUGAAAAUAAUUUAGAUAAAUACGUUUAUUAAAAAUGAUCGUGUCUUCUAAUAUCAGAUGAAGGGGAGAUGGAUUAUCUGGAUGUGUAUAUGUAUUAAAUGGUUUCGCAGCUGCGUUUACAUAAAGACGUAGUCUUUCUACUACUGAGUAUGUCUUUACUGCAACCAAAACAGAGAAUGUGUUCAAACUUAACUCUGAGGACAACAAAGCCUGCGUAUGUGAGAAGUUAUUACAGAAAAGAAGUGUCCCAUUGUCCUGCUCGUUGUGUUCUGUCCACUUUUUGAAUUUCAGACACUGGCAGUUGUGUAAGAAAUGACAAAUUCUGUUAAAACCACUCAAGAGCAGUUGGAUCCUCUCAGCCUCUGUAUCCAGAUGAGGAACCGUUCUGGUUUAAAUGUGAUUUAGCGUUUAUUGAUUCCACUUGCAGUUCAGAUUACUUGUAUAUGUGGAGGAAUUGAAUCAAUUGAGGAAAACUAGAGCUUCUAAUUUUAUUGUUGCUUUGUUGCUGCUGUUGGCGAACAAUCACUAUUUGUCAGCUAUCCACCGCUGUUCUGUCCUUUCUUUUCCUAGUGAUCGGGAUUUUCUCAAAGAACUUUGUUUCCCUUGUUACACCCUCUUGGUUUGUGUUAUUGCGUUUAAAUGUGCCUACUCCAAGAAGUUUGACUGAAAUUGGUGUACUAGUGUCAGUGCUCUUUACCAAGGCUGAAACCAAGCAGGAGCUGCUUGACAGUGUAUGAUGAUCAUCA